CAGCAGUCCCAGCAUGAUGACAGCAUCCAGCAUAUAGCCCCCCCCUUCCCACACACACGCACACACACACCACAUCACCACCAUCAUCCGGCUCGGGAGGACGUCGCGGAUAUUUCGCAGAAAAUAUUCCCUUCAAAUUCACGGCAUCGCUGCCGCGUUUCGGGGACAACCUGCUCAGACUGCCGCUCCAUCUGUCUCCUCCUCAGACAGAGCAGGUGGCCGCAUCGGAUCGGGAUUGGCCCUGAUGAUCACGAGGACCCCCCCUACGCCUCUUCUCAGCCAAUCCUGGAGGGGCAGCAGAGCUGAUGUCUCAGAGGGCGAGAGGGUAUUUGUGUUCUGGAGUCCUGAGGAGACAAGCCACAUCACGAUAAAUGGAGGAGAAGGAGCGAUGUAGGAGCAGGUCUCCGGCCCGGAGAACCAGCCGGGUGCAGCAGGUGGUGGGAACAAUAAUACGACGCACCCGAGAGUCGCUUAGCAGAGAGCGGUUGCUAGGCGAUGGGAGGUCACAGCGCUCCAACAGUCUGUCCAACCAGAACUUCCAGGCCAAGCUGACGCUGCAGAUCACCAGGGACCCGGUCCUGGACAGCAGCACGGGACAUGGCUUCAUCCUCACCCCAACCGCCCCCCUGCUGGUCAGGGACAUUGCCGCAGGGAGUCCUGCAGAUGGGAUACUGUACCCAGGGGACCUGGUGUUGCAAAUUAAUGAUACAGUGCUGGAGGACUUGAGCACUGACCAGGUGGAUAACCUCUUACGGGACUUGGAGGAUUGUAUCACUGUGACUAUCCUGCGGCACAUGACAAAUCCCAAGUCAUCCAUCAUGUCAGCAGAGAAGAGAGCUCGUUUGAGGAGUAAUCCAGUUAAAGUGCGCUUUGCAGAGGAGGUGGUGGUGAACGGGCACACUCAGGGAAACUCUCUUCUCUUCCUGCCCAAUGUCCUGAAAGUUUAUUUGGAGAACGGGCAGACCAAGGCCUUCAAGUUUGACAACAGCACCACCGUUAAGGACAUUGUGCUGACUCUGAAGGAUAAACUGUCCAUCCGGGCCAUUGAGUACUUUGCCCUGGUGCUAGAGCAACAAUACAGCAUCACCAAACUGCUGCUGCUGCAUGAAGACGAGUUCAUACAGAAGGUUGUGCAGAAAAAAGACUCCCAUGACUACAGAUGUUUGUUCAGGGUGUGUUUCGUUCCGAGAGACCCAAUGGACCUGCUGCAGGAUGACCCCUCUACCUUCGAGUACCUCUUCUUACAGAGUGUUGGGGACGUGCUGCUGGAGCGCUUUGCUGUUGAGAUGAAGUGCAACACUGCGCUCCGACUGGCCGCGCUGCACAUGCACGAGCGGGUAGACAGCAGUGGACAGACCCGGGCCUCUAUCAAGAGUAUUACGAGGGAGUUUGGCAUGGACAGCUUCAUCUCUCCCACACUGCUGAGCAACAUGAGGGAAAAAGACCUGAGGAAAGCCAUCAGCUACCACCUCAAAAAGAUCCAGUCCCUGCUAGAGCCACGCCAGAAGGUCAUUUCUUCAAGUCAGGCUCGAGUGGCUUACCUCACUCAACUGGGAGAACUUAUCUCAUAUGGGGGACGUUCCUACACAGCUACGAUGAUGCUUCAGGAUAGGGAGGUGUUGGUCAGCCUGCUGGUGGGAGCUAAAUAUGGGAUGAGUCAGAUCAUCAACCACAAGCUCAAUAUGAUCUCGACACUGGUUGAGUUCAGCAGCAUCAGCCGAGUGGAGCUUCUCUCUGAGUCGGAAAAAGUCAGCGUACUGCGCAUCUCACUGCACGACAUGAAGCCAUUUGCCUUACUGAUGGACUCUCCGGCCGCCAAAGACUUAGGGUGUCUGCUGGGAGGCUACUGCAAACUCCUUGUGGAUCCGAGUGUCAAUGUCUUCCGUCUGGGGCGCCCAAAAGUGAGGGUGCACCGGAUUCCUGCUGAAGAAGGUGUGUGUGGAAGGUUCGCCGUAAUAAAGGGCGUGUGCUAUGAAUCCCUAUCAAGUUACGUGUCACGUUGCUGUAGUGACUCGGAUGACUCAACAGAUGAGGAUGACCCUAUGGAUCAUCAGAAUUACAAACGUCCAGACCCAGCAAGCCAAGACUGGGAAGAAAGGAGAAGAGAGGAGGAAGAGAAAAGGAGAGAGGAGGAGAGGAGAGAGAAAGAAGAGCACAAAGGCAAACAGGAAGUGAAGAUAGUAGUCACAACAGAAGGUUUGGAAAAUGAGGGUGAAGAGGAAGGAGGAGCAACAGGAAGUGGUCUACGUAAAUGUAGUAUUAUGGAUGAAGAAAUGAACCAGGAGAGCAGCUGGUACCACACAGACCCACGGGUCACCAGCAGCUUCUCCAGCUUGUCCAGUGGCUCUCUGAGUGCUGCCCUGGACGAGAGCAAUGCGGCAGCCAAAGCCACAUCUCGAUUGGAUGAACUCCGCGGACCGCGCGCAAGCGAAGAUCUACCAGACUUGGAAGUUCACCAACCCUACCUUCUAGAACCCAAACGCCACCAAGGGCCUGUACGACCCACCAAUCUCAAUUACCGUGGCAAUGACAACUCUUGCCUUUGCUUUGCUGACCUUUCCAAGGCUGAUUUCCUCCCUAGCCCACCUGAGGCUACGAGUGACGAUGAAGAUGAUGAGGAAGAAGAGCCUGAAAUGGGGGGACUUAGACGUAUUUCUAAGAUACCCAGUUCAAGAGAUUUGAGAAUGAUUGACAGCAUACCCUUUCAAAGAUCCCCCAUUAAAAGAAAGAAAAAAGUCCCUCCUAAAGUCCCAGUGAGGACUAGUUCAAUUCCUAUGGACAAAGCAGGACAGGUUGAGCAGCGCCUCUCCAUGGAUGAAGAUGGUUUAUUUCUGACACCUUCACCCAAUCCCAAACCAUCUCUUUUGGUCAAAGAAACUGCCUCAGAAUCUGAAGAUGAGUUUUUUGAUGCACAGGAGAGAUUUACUCCUCCAGUUCCGGAUCUAUCAGACGCUGAACUAGCUGACCGACGGAAUGCUAAUCGCCUAAGUGGAGGCUGGAAUUGUCCUUCAGCUGUCCUGGGAAAAGAGCCCCCCUCCCCCCUUUCCAAUAAAGCCAACUCUUCAAAAAUCAGAAGAGAAGUGGAGACUGUUAAAGACCCAACAAAUACACUUAUCAACCAACAAGCCAGUUUACCAGAUCCAUCUCAGAAACCUAAAGUUAAGGCCAAACCCCUAUUGCCACCUAAGCCCCAACUGCCUCCCAAACCUAAAAUCAUUCCUCCCAAAUCCCCGCAGCAUGGAAGAUCAUAUGUCCACUGCAAUGGGGAUGCCACUGGACGUCUUCCCUCUGAACUUCUGGAAAUGGAGCCAGAAACCAUGGAGUUCAAGUCUGUGACAUCUGGGGCAGGUGGACUGCCUGUCUCAUCACCUCUGAUCAGAGCAGUGCGGUGCAGCAAGCAACCACUACCCACCACAAGCCCACUAACUGAGGAAAAGACAAAGAAGCAUGAAAACAGCGCAAAAAAUACUAAAGAUCUGAGGCAUGACAAUGGAGCAGGUGUUGUUUCCAAUGAUAAAGCAUACUCGCCGUGUGAAAGGGAAACUCCUAGAGAUGAAGAAAAAACCAAUGGGACUGCUCAACCCACAAGAAAGCCACCAAACCCACUCCCUAUCCCUCGCUCUAAUUCAGGUACAAAGUUAGCUAUCCCCCCUCCAGUAUCACCCAAACCCACUUCUCCCACCACUUUCCACCCUCUGUCAUUACCUGCCAGCUCUCCUGUCACCCCAACUGAUCCAAGCAAAGGGAUCUUCAAGGAUAGCGUCAGCAAGCCAAAUGGAGUCCAUCCUUGGAGCAGCCGAAAUGGCUCAGUCCAGUCCGGAUCCAGGAGGGUCUCUCUCAGUCAUGAAAACCUGUCGCCCAAAAAUGCCGAAGCUGCUCUCACCCUUACCACCUCCCUCACUUCAACCAACUCCAAAGGUGUUGGAGGCCUUGAAAGCAGAGAGCCUGGGAGAUCAGGAUCAGGAUCAGACCUGAGGACCAGCUCCUCCAGCCUGGGAGGUAGACUGCCGGCGUCUGCCCUGAGAGGGAAGAUCCAGGCUUUGCCUUGGUACAUGACCCGCUCCCAGGAGAUUUUGGGAACUUUGGACUAUCCCUCCACCAGCUCCAUCAAUGGCGACACAUCUGGAUUUGGCUCUGGCUUGUCCGUAGCCAGCGGUCUAUCAGAUUUUAACAGAACGCCUGUUAAGGAAAAAGAGACCGUGACCUCAAAAUCCGGAGGGAAAGAGAACAUUUUAGAGGAUGGAGCAGAGGUUGUCAUAGCCACCAUCAAAGAAGCCCAGGAAGUGACCUCACACAUGAAAAGGAACAAUGGGACAAAUGGCUCCCACUCUAAUCUGACUUUUAGAGAGAAUAGUGCACACAGUGUUUCAUCGGAGCAGCCGCAGUCACGGCCUCAUUCAGCAGUGGGGUUGGGAGGUGUGUCCAGCAUGCAAAUCGAAGGUGACUCACCAACCUCGGACACUACUCCGCCACAACAGCAUCGGGAGGCUUGUGGCUGCCGCACCGUUUAUGCCAACUGUUUCAGUGGAGACACUGAGGAUGGCAUAAGCUUUGACGAGGAGCUCACCAUCUAUGAGUUCUCUCGCCGCACACGCCCUAAACCUGUACCUGUCUCUUCCCCUACAACACCUUCUCCAAAGCCCAACAUUCUGUCACUGCUGAGGGACAACCCCCGUCCCCUCUCUACUUUCUCCACUGCAUCCUCUGAACUCAGUCCUGUAGUUUCACGUCCGGUUUCCCCCACAAACUCCUUUGGUGGUCCUCUUCGUACACUUAGCAACAAGAAUUACGGUGCGCUUAAGGGAGGUUUUGCCUCCCUUCGUCAAGACAUAGACCAGCUUUUGUUGGUCUUAAAAAGGGGGUGUCUUGAGCAAACUCAACAAGAAUCCUGUCAAGACUCAAAGCAGGAUAUCACAAGUAUAAAAGCGGGGCCUGACCUCAAUCACAAUGGAUCUGAAGGCAAUUCUGCCCCAGCACUGGAGCCAAAUUGUACUGGAACAAGCACUGCCGCCAUGACAGAGGCCGAAAGAAGUCUCCUCCAGGCAGAGGCUCGACGAUUGGCAACUGGGUGUCAGCGGGCCACACGUGUCGGCUGGGCUCCUGAUGAGGCACUACGCUCUUUAUCCAACAGCUUCAGUGCCCUGGUUCAGUUGUCCGCAGCCUGCCUGCGAACAAACCCAUGCCCUGGUUGUGAAAUCUGCCACAAUGCAAGUGUGGUCCACGGGCACGAGGACGACGACAGCCAGGAGGCCAUGGACAAGCUGAAGGAAAUUGUGGGUCUGUACCGAGAGUUUGUCGGGGCUGUCGAGACAGCUGGAACUGGUGCCGGGGCUGUGGUGAAAAGUGUAGGCCUCAGUGGGUCUGGACAAGGUCAGGGGGAGAGUGAAGGGGUCAGGCUUCUGGCCAAACGCUGCACUGUGCUCAUUUCGUCCGUUUUCGCACUCACACAGCUCUUUCGGACACGCACACCAGACACAGCAGACACGCCCGGCCACGUGCCCCUCCACUUUUGACAUGUGAACUUUGCCCCACUAAUAACCCACUGACUCUGGAGGUGAGACGAGAGGAAACCGCACGGAGUGAUGUGGUGUGUAACCCCUGUGUUCUUGUAGUGCCAUACACACCACUGCACACAAACUUUAACCCACAUAACAUAUACCCACAGGGAAAACCCCCCACUAAACAAAACCCCAAAUGAAGGGAGGAACUUCAUUGCUUGGCCUCGAUGUCGACGCAUAUGGACUAUGCAUUUGUACAUAUGAAUUUUAUAAUUCUCUUAUUUUAUGAUACAAUAUGUGUAUGUUUGUCAGAAUUGAUUACCCGUCUAUGUAUUUAUGUAUUUAUUUUUACAAUAUUUGCACCAUGGUCUUGAUGUGCAAGUCUCUGGUGGGAAAAAAAACUAUGGAUGUCACUGGAAUUUUUAUUUUUCCUUCUCUUUGAGACAGUAUUAUGUUAUCUAUUGCUGCUUUAAAAAAUCCUCAACUCCAUAAGGUGUAAUCUGUAAAUUGUCAUUUUUCAAGUUUAGUAUCACAGUACGUUUUACUGACAAAGUACAGAAACUAUACUCUUAUCACACUUACAAAGUACAGUUAUUAACUGAUUUGUUUUAUAUGUGCACCUUUUUAAGGAUUUAGUUUUUCAAAUUACAAUCACAUAAAUGGGGAACAAACUAAUGCCAUUACAAAGCAGGGAGAGCACUUUUGACUGUUACAGAUUGCACCUUUUUAUGAGACACAUACCCUCGUGUAAAGUGUUUUUUCUACCCUUCCUGACGGACUCUAAGUGAAUGCCUCUCGAAAAUACUCCCAUUACCCACAAACGAAUGCAGUAACCUAGCGUUAAUCUAGUUUUCAUCCAGCGUACAUUACAUAUAUAUUUAAUGGGAAAGGGUGGAAGAUGCCCAGGAAGCAAAACAGGGGACCUUAUUCAUGUAGUUGAGAAAUGUUUUUUUCAACCAGGCACAGGGCUGACUGUUAAACUAUGUCCACAUGUAGCAGAGAUCCAAAGUAUGAAACACUGAGCCACAACUUUUCCCCACUAUGUUUUUUCUCUUUGGCACAAAACCUUAUUAAAAUCAAACUAACGGCUGUGUAGUGGUUUAGAACAGUAGAUAUACAUUCAUUUCAUUGUGUCCUUUUAGUUUAUGGCUAUGCAAACAUAAACUCCUCAUUCGCCGCAUACUGCAUCCUUGUUUUUUUACUAACAUUAAGUACAACAAUAGCUGCAUUAUGUUUGUCUGGAUAUAAUGGGGGGUUCCUCUGUCUGGAAUGUUGGCUUUACUCUUGUUUCUGGAAAUCUUACUGCAUUAUGGAUUGCAGCAUUGUGCAAAGUUGCAUGGCAUUAGUCAAUAUAAAGAUUCCCGUCUUUACUGAUGUCUGUGAAUUGUCAGUAAAAGAGUUGCAUUGCUCAUCAAUUUGCUGAGCUCAACAGCUCCUCCAUGUCACAUGAGGCCAAGUCAUCUGAUGAGCCAUCCACUUUGGAGGAUUUUAUUUAGCCACCUAUGACAAGCAGAGGGCCAUUAAUGAUAAGGGGAUUUGCCAAAAUCAAGACUGCUCAAAGACAGCCAGUGAGGAGGUAACCAGUCUAUUGAUCUCACAACUAGAUAACGGAGAACUUUGUCAAGGUGGCUGUGCUAAAAAAAAAAGAAACAGGUCUCUGUUGUGAGUUUUCAGAGCUUCUAAUUUCUAUGGAGGUCCAGCAGCAGGGUCCAUCACAGCACUAACAUCAAGGCAUACUGUAUGUCCUAGGAGCAUCUCUAGUUGUUCAUCAAGUAGGCUCAAACGGCGUGUCAAAUUUGUGUUUCAUUUCUGUAUGGUAAAACUGUAUCAACCGCAUUUAAUUUUCAAAGAGGACAUUGUGUUUCUACGUGAGCAGUCACUUUUCCGUACACACGUACAAUAAAGUCGAUGUACCAAGAAA